UCCCGAGGCAGCUGACGCCCAGCGGCGCCGUGGCCAGGGCGGGCUCCGGGCGCCAGCGUUCCAAGCUGGUGCCCGCGGCGGCAACUCUGCGGCAGCCUCUCUCGGCAGCCGCUGGCGGGGGCGGCGAUUGGGCGCGCGGCUUGGGGCGGCACGAAGGCUAGAGCCGGCCCUGGCCGUGGCUGUCAGUCACAGCGCCGCCGCGUGCACUUUCCCGAUGUGUUCAUUCCCCCGCCCCUUCCGCCGUUGGUGCAAACCCUCGCCCGGGCGUUGUGAAGGCCGGCGACUGUGCAGAGCAGCCCGCAAACGAACCGCGGCGACGGAGUCUCCACGUGCCGUGAGGGCGGCUGCUGGUUUCGGGGGGGAGGGGCGGGGCUUUUUCCCACGGGACUGAUGAGGGGCAGCGAAGUGAGGUGUGGAGAGGCGGGGUUUCGUGUAUCUUAUUUGACCACUGAAGUGCCUUUUCCUAAAGGGACAUGAGGGAAAACAGCCCCGAGCAACGGUGGCCCCGACUCCUCCCCCUCGCGAACCGAAGCGAGCUCGUGGCGUUCGGGUUGUCCGGGAGCCCGUGAUGCUUCAGAUGUGCACGCAGCGUGACAGAUGACCUAUUGAAAUAAUUCCAGAGCCGUGCUGCGGUUGCUACGACAACCAAUGCUCUCUUGGCUUUCAUCUGGCCAUGUGACAGUGACUUUGACGUCAGCUGGAGGCAGAGUCUGUGGUUUAGUCCACACAGCCAAAGGCUUGUGAGAAUCUGGUGGAUGCUGGACUUAUCCCCCUUGCUGCUGCUGUUUCCCAGGGGCUGCCAGGGCAUGGACUACUAACGCCUUGCAUUUCUAAAAUCAGAUAAAAAUUUUUUGACACCAAGAUGGGAAAACAGAACAGCAAACUACGUCCUGAGGUCAUGCAAGAUUUGCUAGAAAGUACAGACUUUACAGAACAUGAGAUCCAGGAGUGGUACAAAGGCUUCUUGAGAGACUGUCCAAGUGGACAUUUAUCUAUGGAGGAGUUUAAGAAAAUAUAUGGGAACUUUUUUCCUUAUGGGGACGCUUCUAAAUUUGCGGAACACGUAUUCCGCACUUUCGAUGCUAACGGCGAUGGAACAAUAGACUUUAGAGAAUUUAUCAUAGCCUUGAGUGUAACAUCUAGAGGUAAACUGGAGCAAAAGCUGAAGUGGGCAUUCAGCAUGUAUGAUCUGGAUGGAAAUGGAUACAUCAGUAAGUCAGAAAUGCUGGAGAUAGUGCAGGCAAUCUAUAAGAUGGUUUCUUCGGUAAUGAAGAUGCCAGAAGAUGAGUCAACACCAGAGAAAAGAACAGAGAAAAUCUUCCGUCAGAUGGACACUAAUCGAGAUGGUAAACUCUCUUUGGAAGAGUUCAUCCGAGGAGCCAAGAGUGAUCCAUCCAUAGUCCGUCUCCUUCAGUGUGAUCCUAGCAGUGCAGGGCAAUUCUAAAACAGUUCUUUGGAUGAAUUGUGUAUCUGCUUUUUGUUUUUUGUUUUUUUGCCAAACAACAUUCAUGGUGAUGUUGCCUCUGUAUGACCAGUUAUGCCUUCUUUUGUGGCAUCUUUUAGCUUCUUUUGUUGUGGAUUCAUUAUAAGAAUGCUGAAUGCUCUUAAUAGUUUGUCCAGAACACAGACAGAAUACUGUUUUAAAUGGACAUUGUGGUGUUAACUUGUUUAGAAGAUUUUAUUUUGUUCAAUUUGUCUGUUCUCAAAAGUAAACAACAAGAAGGAAAAAACCUUCAGCAACACAUUAUUGCCAGAUUUAGAAUGCUGCUUUAAUAGCUGAAAAUUCACCCACAGGAUCUAAAGCACAGUAGUGGUUGAAGUGCAAAGUGUUACAACAGGUGCAGUAUUUGAUUUGUACAGUCUUUUUUUUUUUUAAUCCAGCAGGCACAAGUGAAACUACAAAACAGGAUGAGUAAGAAGUGUUAAUACAAUAAGUUAGCAAAUUCUAGCCUACUUCAGUCUCCCUACAAUGCCACGUUGUUUCAAUACUGUGAAAGUUUUUAAGGUGCAUUGAGAAGGGGGGGAGGGAAUGAUCAACUGUUUUUUUAACAGGCUUAUGCUGGUUGAUUUAACAUGGUUUUAUCUGGAAAGCAAACACAAUUUAUAAUUCUAAUUAAAACAAAAAACCAGGUGGAUGUUACCUAUUGCCAUUUGGAAUUAGUAAGUGUAGUUGUGUAUAUUACAAACUGGGUAUUGAACACACAUUUAAGCGAGAUGUGAGAGAUUUUCAAAUUAGUAAUAAAGCAGUUUCUACUGCAGGAGACUGGGAGUUGAGCUAAGAAAUAACAAUUGUGCAACCGUAAGCAGCUGACACUGAGACAUGUCCACUGUUAUGAAUGUUCUUGUCUAGAUUGGACUGCUCUCACUCUCUCUCCCCACAUAGAUAAUGCGGUUCCUGUGUCUGCUUCUAAAGGUUUGAGAGCUAUCACAAACUGUUUUAAAGCUACAAUUGUAGAAUUCAUAGAAUUCAUUUACUUUAGUGGGGUUGAAAGAUCUGUACUGAAACAAGGAAAUGGUACGCUUAAUGAUAUAUUUAUAUAUCAUUUAUAUGUUUAAAAAAAUUAGAUGUAAGAGAAAACUGUUGAAUGUUUAUCUUUUCACUUGGAUGUAAAAGGAUUUCUGAAACUUGCUACUGCAAAAUUCUUUCAUUUGGUCAGGGUCACUAUAUUCAAAGCAGUGUGUAGGUUUGGGAUCUCUUAAGGAAUUUGCAAGCACUGCUUUGGCAAAAAAGCUUAGCAACAGGAGGUAUGCUGACCGAGUUUGAGAUAACCUGUCAUUUGUUGAGUCUGCUUUGUGAUACGGUAGGUGAUAUAUCACUGCAGUCACUGCCCAAUAUCAGGGACUUAUGAGACUGCUAUAGUAUAAUCAUUGUGUGAGGGGCGAGGAUGAUAUUCUAUUAAGUGACCUUGUAACGCUAAACCCCAACUAGCCUUAAUUUAAAAUAAACUGAGUAAAAUAGGUUAGAUCUGCUGCUGCAAGCUAGUUAAAUGCUGAUUAGCCAUCAGGUAAAAGCAGUAGAAUAUAUUAAGAAGUUUUUGCUUAUCACUAACUAGGAGAACAUAUAUACAGUAAUUUAGGAAGGAAAAAGAUCCUUGACUUAAUUCUCAAUACCAUUUUGCUCUGUCAUGCUUAACAUAUGGUGCACAGUGAAAAUUAAUUAUAGAUAACAUAGUUAAUCAGUUCUUUCAAAUUUACUAUAAGUGGCAAAGCAAUCCUGAAUAAAAGGUCAUCAGGCCCAUUUCUUUGUCUCAGAUGACCUAAAGGGCUUAUCCAGAAUCAGUUUCAAUUUAAAGUGGUUACAGAAAUGCCAUUGAUGUAAUUCUCCUGCUAAAUGAGCUAAAAGACUAGACAGUUGCGUGUGAGAGACAGACAGACAGAGGAACUCGUGCAGGUUUAAUACAUAACUUUUUUUAGCUUUUGGUAUAGUCACUGGAAAUAUUACAGUGAAAUUUUCUAGUUGGCUGAAAUGGUUUUUGCUGUUUGCCAUCCCUGUAUUAUCCACACCCCAUUAGAGAUACUAUGUACAAAACAGAACCUUUAAAGCACUUGUACUCUUCAAGAUAAUUUUUUGUGAUUGCCAGUAAUAGACCUCAGAAAGGCCUUGGCCCUAGAAGAAAUCUGCAGAGAUCUCCUCACACUGAGUCAAAGGUCAGUUCUCUCCUUAUUGUCUGGAGGGUCAUUUUUCAUUUGGACAAAUCUGGCUAGAUCCUUGGUUGUUGUAAAUUGCUACAUUAAGGUGAAUGGAUCUACACUGAUUUAUACCCACUAAGGAUCUGCUCCUUCAUCAAACAUAAGCAAUCAGUGUCACUGUAUUAAAGCCCUUCUUUGGGUCACUUCAUCACAUCCACUACAUAGAAAAAUAAAUUGGAAUAUAAAUUUUUUUAGAAAUCUGAAUACACAUUGAAAAAUUCCAAUCCCAGGUAUCAUUGCAGGCUUGUGGAUCAAAAGCAGACAGGCUAGAAAAGUUGACAUUUAUUAAAGUUGAAGUAAAGUAUGCAAAGUGGAUAGCUCCUACAAUUAAUUUGUUUUUAAUACAGUGAAAGCAGUUGCAUGUGACUGAAACUAUUAAAAUUUUGCCUUUUUUAAGCAGCUGUGUUCCAUCUCUUUUUUUGUAUUAUUACAAUCCUUUGGCCCAGAACCUAGUUCCUCAAUUUGGUGUUUGGCUGUUUUUUGACAGAAUCAAUUUGUAUAUUAGUACUUUAUGUGCUUGAAAAUGCAACCUGUGAUAUGACCCUAGGCCAGUGGAGUUGUAAUUCUUUCCACUGAAAGACUAGGAAUGUAAUCCACAGCUGCAGAGGACAUAAAUAACUGGAGAUAUGAUUAUUGUAUAAACAUUUACAAAAUGCAUGAAGAUUAUUCCUUAUUCCUGCCUGCCUUUCACAAUUUAUUUUGUCUCAAAAUAUUAACUGUUCCUUUCUUACUCUGCAAGUAAAAAUUGUAGAUAUUUUUAAAUGAUCAAUAAUUGAAUUUGUUAAAUGAAUAUCUGCAGUUUUUUGGUUAACAAAACAAACAUAGUACUGGUAUGCAUCAUUUCUUUAUUGUCUUGCUAAUUGUCAUUAUUAACCUCAGUGAUCUCUCAAAAAAAGAAUGACCAAAACUAUAUUUCACAGUAACAAAGCCAUUUUUAAGGGAAUGAAUUAAAAUAUCUGACUCUCAGACUGUACACAGUACAGGCUGCUUGAUACCACUUACUAUAACUGUGUAGAUACAUUUUCAAUAAUACUUGUGUACGUUUGAUAGGUAAACUUGACUGAUCUGGCAUCCAAAAAUGUUUAGUGUUUUGUAGACCUAGCAACUGUAAAAGUACAUAAAUUAGAACUCUGUUUACAUGGAAUUCAUAGUGAACAGAAGGGGUGUUAGUUUCUUGCUGAGGGCUUGCCCUUAAAGGAGAGUAUCAGAUAUCUUUGCAGACUAACUGGUGUACAAAAGCUAUAGCAGCCAAGCUGUAAAGCCAUUCAGUAUUCACUUUACUGAGCUCUGAGAUUGGGAACUUGAAACACAGCCCCUAUAAAGCCAGCUAGCAUACUCUUUUGGGCACUCUGGGUUUGAGGGAAAUGAAGCACAAUCUUCUUCCAACAUCUGAAACCCCAUGAACCCAAAGGAUUUGGAGGUCCUCUGAGACCUUCAGGUAAAGUUGUAGUUGCUUCCUAUUAAGCUUAUGACUUUUGAACAUUUCUCACUAUCAUUGAUGAGUUGCCUCAUGCUUCAUUAUUUUCUGUUUUACCAUUUGACCUCUACACUCUCUCAUGUUUAAAUAUCCUAAACAUUACCAUUGUUUUAGAACAACAGUAAACUAUGUAGAUAACUACUUUAAAUGGAAGAUGUAUAAGUGCACCUUGAAAUGUAUAAGAUGUGCACCUAGAGACAAUUAUACUAUGAUGAUCUAAGAACAGAACAGUUCACCACACCUUUCUCAGUACAUUUGUACUUGGUACUUGGUGAAGUUCUGUUGCCUGCAAUGUACAGGAGGUCCCACUAGAUGAUCACAGUGGUCCCUUCUGACCUUUAAAGUCUAUGACUCUAUGAGGUAAACCUGUACAUUCAAAGCUAACUUUGUAAGAUCUGAGAUGUGUCCCUUUUUCUAAAACAAUGCUUAUUUUGUGAACUCAGGAAAAAGCACAGCAACAUGAGCAGUGCAGCCCAGACAAGGUAAGGGAAAUGUCAGUAGCACAGGCCACCAGCCAGCCAUAGUUCUUAGAUGUUUCAUAUUGCAGCCCGGUGUACUAACACUAGACUAGGGUGUAGUUACACUCUGUGCUGGUGGAAGUGUGAGCUUGAGGCUAGGGUCACUUUUCUAAUGAAUCACUGGUACAGAACCACCUUUUCUACAUAACUCUGCUGAUUCAGUUAGUACCUGUGGUGGGUUGGUCUUUUGGCUUCAAGAUGAAAUGACAGGUGCAAGACCUGCUGGAAGGAAUAUUUUACCCACUGUUUGCUAAGCAGGGCUUCAAACUACAGCAUAGCAGAUUUAGAUUAAAUCUCAGGAAAAACUUCCUAAGUGUAAGAACGGUAGGGCAAUGAACAGACACCUCAGAAGGUGGUGGAAGUUUCUUCACUGGAGGUUUUCAAAAGCAGGCUGGAUAGCCAUCUGUCUUGGAUGGUUUAGCCACAACAAAUCCUGAAUCUUUGCAGGGGGUUAAACUAGAUGACCCUUAUGGUCCCUUCUAACCCUAAAUAUCCUGGAUCUUUCUUUGCUCUGUGUUUCACUGUACAUUUACACAUUAUUUAAUAUAUUUAAAGAAGGAGAAAUUGGUUUUUAUAGAUGUUAAGGACACUAUAUAAUUGUAAAAGCAUAAAGAAGCUUUGCAAACACUGGACAAAUAACACUCAAGGGUGGACGGACAAAGGCAGAAUAGUAGGUUGGAACUUUAUUGUCUCUACCACCAAAACCAAGUAUAUUUCCAACAAGCUACAGGAUCACAGCAGUUGCUUUUGAGAAGAGUGAAUAAUUAGUUCUGCUUCUCUAGUAUUUUCCCAUGGUGCACUGGCACAUUUUUGAUCUAUGUGUUGUUUACUAGCUGUUUUAAAGACAUGGGCCCUGCCUUGAAUAUUGUGUUGUCAUUUACACCUGUGCAAACUGGGUGUACACUGCUGCCAGUUCACAAUUGUAUAGUUCUCCAUUCGCUUUGCAUAGCUGUAAAUGGCUACCCAAGAUGCAAAGCAGUGGAAAAUCAGGCCCAAAGUGUGGUCUCGUGCUGAGAUUCAACUAGGCUUGGCAGAAUUUUGAAUUUUUUUUAUAUAAUUUUGACUGACCAAUGCUUAUUUUUAAGAAUUUUUUCUAUAUUUAUCUAUCUCUUGAAAUUUUCAUAGUUGUGGGAAAUUGCGGGUGGAUGGAACCACACAAUAUGGGUGGCCAGGCAAUAAUUAUUUAAUGACAGCCAAUGUUGACAGUCAAAAUAUUAAAGCUUUAUAAUUGUUAAAAACACAAAUUGUCAACAUCACAUGUCAAAAGUAAACAAAUUAAAUAUCCUUAAAUCAAAUGUUAAUAAGUUCUCAAACAACAUUUUUCUUACUUUGCCUAUGUAAAUUUUCCUUAUCAAUAGAAAUAUAUAUACAUAUUUUUAAAUCAAAUCCUUCCAACCCUAGAUAUUACUACAUAAAAAAAUGGCAUCUUCUUAGCAGAUCUGCUCCCUGUGUCUAGUCAGAGUCAGAGCUACUGACUGCAGUGACAUAAAUAAGUUUUUAAUACUUUUGCCUCAGAGUUCAUGUCUGGAGGAGAGGCAGGUGGAUUUUGUGCCUUCGUGUGCAUCAUCAACAGAACUGUUUACUGUGCUCCAAUUAGAACUCCAGCCAGGUUAGCAGAUGUCACUAAGGGUAUAAAUGGAAGAUAAUGGCAUUUCACAGGUGUAACUGAGGACAUAAUUUGGCCUGCAGAACUUUGUUCCCCAUCAUGAUACACAAGAAGAAAAGAACUCAGCUUGACUUUUGAAGGUCAGCUUUAGUUUUCAAGUUGGCCUUGAAAAAAAUCUUUACUUGUAAAUUAAGAACAUCUGAUAUACAAUUAUUAUGAGGCAAUGGGCAUAGAACCCCAUGAUGCCUAUUUUACAGAAUUUUUUCAGAGAUGUAUUGCACUUAAAGUAAACAGCUAUUUUUAAAAAACAUAAGGAAAAAAGUGAAGAAGGACUUGCAAAUCAGCAAGAAAUACAUUCACACUCUAGAAAUGAAGAACACUGCAGGAGAUGUUGUAUAUGUAUUCAGGUCAUUUCGAAAGGUGGAUCUGUGUCUUUCCCCCACUCCCACCCUAUGAGACUGUAUCAGACUAUAAUACAUAUGACUAUCUCACCGUAUCUCUCCUUUCAGUGUGACUUUGGCUGGUGGUGUUGGGUUUCUAAGAAUCUGUAUUAUUUGAGGUGGAGAUAGUUUUGGAGCUGAAGUUGGUGCCACAUUUUAGAGGUAUAAGAUGCACAAACUUCAGAUCCUGCUCUGCCCACCUUUAAUUAUGUUAGUCUAUGAAUCAAAGUAAUAUCCAUACAGAUUUGAUGCAUUUCUUUGGGAAUGCACAUAUUAAAUUCCUUCAAUCCUGUCCCAGAACAUAGCAUUAUUUAAUUGUACAGUAGGGAUUAAAAAAUCCCUCCUAAAAUGUUUAAUACACAAUGAACAAGACAAAUCAGAGCCCUCGUAUAUAGUGAACAA